AUGGCAGCAGAAGCCCCCGCCGCUUUCAGCCACAGGAAUCAGAGCUGGGGCUCGCCCCCCUGGUUGGACUUCAAUGCCUCCCGGUCCUCCCUCCCUCAGUCCUCAGAGAAGGAGAAAGCCGGCUUCCUCUCUGAAAUUGGCGUCGAGAAUUUUAUCACCUUGAUUGCCUUCGGCCUCAUUUUCACCCUGGGAGUGAUGGGCAAUUCUUUGGUCAUCACGGUGCUGGCCAGGAGCAAGCCGGGCAAACCCCGCAGCACCACCAACAUUUUUGUGCUCAACUUGAGCAUCGCUGACUUGACUUACUUACUCUUCUGCAUUCCUUUCCAGUCUACCGUGUACAUGUUGCCCAACUGGUCUCUGGGCACCUUCAUCUGCAAGUUCAUCCACUACUUCUUCACUGUCUCCAUGCUGGUCAGCAUAUUUACCCUGUCAGCUAUGUCUGUGGACCGCUAUGUGGCCAUCGUGCAUUCCCGGCGCUCCUCAUCCGUGCGGGUGUCCCGUAAUGCGCUCUUGGGGGUAGGGGUCAUCUGGCUUCUCUCUAUUGCCAUGGCUUCCCCUGUGGCUCACCAUCAGCACAUUGUCCAUGAAAAAUUCCUCAACCAGACUUUUUGUUGGGAAGUGUGGCCCAAUCUCCAGCACAAGAAAGUGUAUGUCUUGUGUACCUUCAUCUUUGGCUAUUUGCUACCUCUGCUGCUCAUCUCCUUUUGCUAUGCUAAGGUCCUCAAUCAUCUGCAUAAGAAGCUGAGGAACAUUUCAAAGAAGUCAGAAGCAUCCAAGAAGAAGACUGCUCAAACUGUCCUUGUGGUUGUGGUGGUUUUUGGGAUAUCUUGGCUACCACAUCAUGUCGUCCACCUCUGGGCUGAAUUUGGAGACUUCCCCCUAACUCAAGCUUCAUUUUUCUUCAGAAUAACAGCACAUUGCCUGGCUUACAGUAAUUCUUCAGUGAAUCCUAUUAUAUAUGCAUUCCUUUCUGAGAAUUUUAGGAAGGCCUAUAAGCAAGUGUUUGAGUGUCAGAUUGGUCACAAUUCGCCUCUGAAUGAAGUUAAAGAUAAUAAGAGUAAUAUUGACACGCCUCCAACUACUAAUUCUACACAUGUUUGA